GUUCAGACGGCUUUCGAUAACGUUCGAGUGAUAAUCGUUCUUACAGUGUGUUCUGUUUUAAUUGAUUAUUGUGAUAAAAAUAUAUUACAAAAUGGCUUUUAAUAUUAACAACGGUAGUGUCGCUUAUAACAAACGCCAGCGGACAGAAAAUGACGAGGAAUAUAAUAAGGUUGGUCAUGGUGCCAAUGGUGUCGAGGAAUUACGACGUAAACCUCGUCAAAGUGAACCUGCACCACCCAACCACGUGCUUUUGCUGACAAUCUUCAAUCCAGUAUAUCCAAUCACAGUGGAUGUACUGCACACAAUUUGUGUCCAACAUGGAAAGGUUGUCCGCAUAGUGAUCUUCAAGAAGAAUGGAGUGCAAGCCAUGGUUGAGUUUGACUGUUUAGAGUCAGCCACCCGUGCAAAGGAGGCUUUGAACAGCGCUGAUAUUUACUCUGGAUGCUGCACUCUCAAGAUCGAUUACGCCAAGCCUGAAAAACUUAACGUGCACAAAAAUGACUCAGAAAGCUGGGACUACACCAUCAACACAGACUCCAAAGAUGCCAUGGAUGGGCGUAACGGCCGGUCUCAGCCACUUUUGCAGAAACCACAUUUUGGGGGCAGACCUCAGCCGUAUAGUAAGUUGUUUUUUAAUAUAAAUGUGGUGUGGUGUGGUGUUUUCGCAUGA